CAGCAAACUCACCAUCAAUUUUAGUUCAUAACGAACAGUGUCAUAGAAGAAACAUAACCAAUUCAAAAUGAAAACUUUGAUCGUUCUUUUUGCAAUUACUUUAUGCGUUGCUAAUGGAUACCCUGGACUUCCAUUAGGAGGCGUACUUGUUGGACCUGGAAAUCCUGGAGCUAUCCUUCAAGGACCUGCAGCAAAGGGAUCAGUAAUCGGCCCAGAUGGAUCAAUCGUUUCUGGAGCUGCGCAAGCUGGUGCCAUAGCAGCUGGUGCUAUUCCCGGAGGAGUCGUUAGCGCUGCAGUUUCGCCAGGAGUUGUCGGAAUCCCAGCCCCAAUUGCAAUUCAAGCCCCAAUCGCAAUCCCUUCACCAAUCAUAGUUCCAGCUCCUAUUAGUAUUGGACUUAACAAUGGGCUAAGCGGAGCUGUUAUAGCUGGACCAUCAGGAACUGUGGUUUCCAAUGGAUUAGGUACAGUCAGUGUUGAUGCUGUUGGUCCCCUUGGACCAAUUGGCCCUGUAGGUGAUGAUUGCGAUGAUGGCGAUGAUGGAUCUUAUAAACCAAGUGGAGGAAAGUGGUAAAUGGAGAGAGGAUUUUUUCAUCUUAAUGACUGUUCAACUGAAGACUUAGGCUAUGUUAUUUGCUAUUUGUGGCAGUGUACCAAAAUGUAUUUAUUCAUAUUAAAAUGAUAUUAUAAAAAUUA